CUACCACUGGCACCACUGACCACGGAACUGCAGAGGCUAGGGAGGCCCCUGGUCGGGCCUUUUGUCACCACACGAUAAACAAGUCCCUAGGUAGUAUUUGAAGGUCCAAAUCUCACAGAAUCGCACCCAACUACUUAUUGUAGGUACCCGGCAAAAGCCAACCGUGGCAGAUCCCAUGUCAUCACGAGCCGCAGAUGUAAUAUCAGUCUGCAAGCACAGCACAGUACAGUACUUUUACCGCAACUCUAGAGACUGGUAUGACAAACCGCUGCACGACAUACCAUAAAUUUCCAAUCGAGCGUGCAUCAUGAUCGCCAGAUGCAUACAGGCAUACAGUACCGACGAUGCCGCCGUCCUCAGACUUCCGUGCGUUUGCAGCCAGGGGUCGACACAGACCAAGCCUGCUUUAGGUAUUUCACCUGCUUAUAGUGGCAAUCAUGGUCUAAUUCAUGCGCCAACAUCGCAUUUUGACAGCUGCCACGGCUCAGUCCAAACUGUGAUGCGUGCUGAACCAUAACGGGAUUCGGGCUGGUCCAGGUUUGAACAUCCAGUAACCUCACGCGCCAACAAAUACUUGUGCUUUAGGGCGGCGGGAUCUGUUUCUGCCACUGCAACGGAAACGGGCGAUUUAUUUACAUCUCCGCAUUGAGCGGGUUGCAACCAUAGUUCUCUUAUUAUUAAACCACCUACAACAAGUUCCUGUACACUACGCAUACCACUACACGACUGUGUUACUACGGACAGUCCGAACAGAGAAGCUAUCAUCUUCGGGAAACCAUAUACACACUCGAAAGGACCAAGAGGCACGCAAACCUUUGGGACUUCUGACAUUUACAGUAUGUCAAUGGCGGCCAAUUCUGUCGACUAUGACGCGACGCUGGCAAACCUUCGCGCUCAGCAAACUUCGCAACCGCUUUCGAUCCUCACGCUCGCAGAACCCAUCACCGCAUCAUCACUGUCAAAAACCCAGUCGCAAUCACAAUCGCCUCGUUCAUGCACAAAUGCCUCUCAAGGGCCACAACCACGCGCAUCCGAUGUAGGCAACACCUCCAAUUCAACCGUGUCCCAUGGCACAUCCGCAUCAGAUUUUGCUAGCAAUGGCAAAAACGUCUCAGCAGAGGGCGCGCAGCAGCAGCUGACGCCGGCAUCCCUCGCCGCCGACCUGGCGCAUUACAAAGACCUCUUCUCGAAACUGCGGUUCAGUUACCUCGAACAAGUGACCAAGGAGAAAUACCUGCGCAGCAUUGUCGGCGACCCGCCCCUAGUGGUGAGCCACAGCGACAACCUGGCGCUCGAGACAAAACUGGCGGCCAUGAAGGCGGAGCUACAGACGAAGAAACGCGGUGUGGACGCGUUGGUAGCCCAAAUGGAAGAACAGGCGCGUGUCCUGGCGCAGAGGUACGACGAAGUUGCGCAUGGGAUGGAGUUGUUGGCCACAAUCCCACCGCAGAUUGACGACUUACGACGAGAAAUUGAAGUUUUGCAGGCCGAAGUUGCCAAAAGGAGGAAAGGCAGCACCUUCGAUGACGACGAGCGAGAUGGAGAAUCAGAUGACAUUAGUGCUCGCAUGAACAUGCCCUUGGAAGCGACGCAGCAGGCCCUCGACGAUCUGAAAGCUCGGAACCUCGAGCUCGACCAUCAAAUCUCCCUUCUUCAGCACCAGAUGCCGGCCAAGGAUCGUGAAGUCGAAAAGGUCGACCGCGAACUCGCCGAGCUCGAGAAGAGAAGGAAUGAAAGCACGCGCUUAGCUGUCGAGCUGCGCAAGAGGCGGGAACAGGGUGGCGGAAGAGACGAGAUGGAGGAAUUGGGCCGGUGGUAUCGUGGCUCCGAGGCCGUUCUAAGAGGCGUCUUGUGCUUGGAGGAUGUCGUGGGUGUUGAGGGCUAGCAGCUGAUCAGGUUUGGCGACACUGGGAUUUAUUAUCCUGCUUGUUUCGGCCGUUGCAGUCUGGAGAGAAGCACUCCUUGAUGGCCUUCUCCUCGGUUCACGUCACUUCAUCAGCAGCAGUGCUUGGAUAACUGCGUGACAUGUUGUUAUAUACACUAUGAGUCUUUGAGAGCGUGGAGUUGGGGUUACACUUUCGAAUGGCAUCUGGAUCAUGGGUUUUGGUGCACAAGGCUUCGCUACCAGAAGGAGUCGUUCAAGGCCUGCAACCUGGCGAUAAUAAGGUCUCUACGUCAAUGGAUCACUUGAAUGACGGAAAUGGAGAAAUACAAGGCGGUAGAUCUUUCUGCAAUGGUCGACCUGCUGAAAUUGGAUCGCUGUACGAAUAGACAUUUCGUUUUGGUAUCUCAUGGCCAAAACAGUAAACGUUUUCUGAGUGUUCAUCUGCUUCAUGGCCGUCCACGGCGCCACACACUGGAGCCAGAGGUGAC